UCUGGACAGAAAAGUCUAUGUCAUCGGACUGAAUCGGGCCUGCGGCCUCUUCUACCGGCAGGCACUGCUCAGAGAGAUUGCCUAUAGGCCUAGAAUCACAGCAGCAAAGCACCUAGGUCCUUCCACAGAGAACCUGCAACCUUCACACCUACAAUGGGCAAGGAAAAGAUUCACAUUAACAUCGUUGUGAUUGGUCAUGUGGACUCUGGGAAGUCCACCACCACUGGCCAUCUCAUCUACAAGUGUGGUGGCAUUGACAAGAGAACCAUUGAGAAAUUCGAAAAGGAAGCGCAGGAAGCUCGUUAUGAGGAGAUUGUCAAGGAAGUCAGCAGUUACAUCAAGAAAAUUGGUUACAACCCUUCUGCUGUUCCUUUUGUUGCCAUUUCUGGCUGGCAUGGGGACAACAUGCUGGAAGUAUCUGAAAAGAUGAGUUGGUGGAAGGGGUGGAAGGUUGAACGCAAGGAAGGCAAUGCAGAAGGCAAGACCUUGUUAGAUGCCCUGGAUGCCAUCCUGCCUCCCUCAAGACCAACAGACAAGGCACUGCGUCUGCCCCUCCAAGAUGUUUACAAGAUUGGUGGAAUUGGUACAGUCCCUGUGGGGCGUGUGGAGACUGGGGUUCUGAAGCCAGGUAUGGUGGUCACAUUUGCCCCUGUUAACAUCACUACUGAAGUUAAAUCCGUAGAGAUGCAUCACGAAGCUCUUACGGAAGCUGUCCCCGGUGACAAUGUUGGUUUCAACGUUAAGAACGUGUCUGUGAAGGAGCUUCGCCGUGGUUAUGUGGUGGGAGAUUCCAAAAACAACCCCCCUAAGGCUGCACAGGACUUUUUGGCUCAAGUGAUUGUGUUGAACCACCCUGGUCAAAUCUCCAAUGGCUACACUCCUGUGCUGGAUUGCCACACAGCCCACAUUGCUUGCAAAUUUUCUGAAAUCAAGGAAAAAUGUGACCGGCGUACUGGCAAAACAGUUGAAGAGAAUCCGAAGAGUGUGAAGAGUGGUGAUGCAGCUAUGGUUUUGUUGGUGCCAAGCAAGCCUAUGUGUGUAGAGGCCUUCUCCAACUUCCCUCCCCUCGGUCGGUUUGCUGUUCGUGACAUGCGGCAGACUGUUGCUGUUGGUGUCAUCAAGAAUGUGACACCCAAAGAUAUGACCACUGGCAAGGUGACGAAGGCUGCUGAGAAGGCUCAGAAGAAGAAAUAACUAGCAGUGACUCAAGCCAGCCCCAUCUGGUGUCAUGAGGGAGAUUCCUUUCCUGUUGCUCUUAAACCUUCUUUCCCCCAAUUCACUAUCCAUUCUCACAUUAUCUUACCUUUUCUUAUCCCCCGCAAUUCUCCUUCAUCCCCUUGUGGGUUCACAGGUCUCCAUCACUUCUUUCACCGCAAGGAGUUCAGGAGGAAAGCACCGCCCUUUUCUUAAGAUGACUUCAAACUGUCGUGUAUCUCUUUCUCUCUUGUGACGCCAGACUACAUCACAGUCCAGUUCCCUUGACAGGGUUGAGCAAACAGAUUGAAAAAUUCAUCCUUUUUGUUACACUUGGCCAGAGAGUGGGAUUUUAUUGCGUUGGACGAAAGGGCUGGCUUGGUGAAGUAAAACAUGAAGUCAAAGAACAUGGAAAGCCUUGUCAUUUUAGUGGAUUUCGUGGAAUGGAAGUUUGAAUCACUGAGGAGUUCUUGGAGCAAAAAAAAUUUCAGUUGAAUGCCUUUGUUUGUGUAGCUUCAAUCCAAGGCUAGAAGUUUGCUACAGCUGACAUAACUGAAGGAAUCGUUCAAUAUUCUGCAGCCAUGUCCAGUAAUAGUGAUACACAACAAUCCAGCUAUAAAAUAUUUUUGGAUUUUCCUCUGCAAGGCUGGGAAGCUAGCCAAGGGAUGUGUUCCUAUGGCCUGAUUUAGGUUGAGUAGCUGGUGGUCAUGGUUUAGGAGUAAUUUGGGAAGUUGUUAGCCCAAAAACAAAUUGAAUAGAAUGACAAAUUACUCUUAUACAAACAUAUUGAAGCAUGGCAAGAUUGUAUGCUUCAGGUAUUCCUCAUGCACAAGUGUCUGAAUCAAGUUGGGAAUGAAAUUGAAGGCAACUAGAAGUGGGACUUUAUACAGGGUGAUUGAGAUUUAAAUGGACAUAGUUCAAGAAAGAAAAGGCUCUGAAUGCAUUUUAAAGUUAUACAAUCCCAUUUUGUACCACAUGGAUUGAAAAUUCACAUAAGCUCCAGGAUUUUCUGCAGUUUUUCUUAACCCUCAACUACUCGCGCCCUGUCAUGUCAUAACUACUCGCACGGUGUACUUUAUACACCAGUGUAUAUAGACAGUAUUUAUUCAGUAAUAUGGUAUGAAAUUACAUACAAACCCAGCCAGUUCUGCUCGUUACUUUCGUCCGUUGUAGGAUGUGCACAUGUAUCACAUUUCACAUCAGUUUUUGAAUGUUCUUUGCAAAGUCAAAGGCGGAUGCUGCCUGUACGAUCACGUAAACAGAUAGGGGACGAAAAUAACUGCGAAUGGUGUACGAAAUACACCAGCGCGAGUAAUUAAGGGUUAAGCACCAUGUGAUAUAAUCCAGUGUAAGAUAGUCUGCGUUGGAUCUUCCCUGAUGAAUUUCUCCAACUGGUUAAUAUCUGUUACCUAUGGUUUUUCAUUUUCAAACAUUUUCCUUGCCCAAACCCAAAAAAAAGUCCAUGGUAGGAAGUGAGAUCAGGGCUUCGCGCAGGCCAAUCUGUUCAAGGCUGCUUAUCUACCUGUUAAGGUUGUCCAACCAGUGCACAAAUUAACAGCAAAAUGCGAUGAAGCCGCAUCCUGCUGAAGAGCAACUCGCGUGUAAUAGGCCACCCAGAGACUUCAUGCUACAUAAAUUCUCUAUCAUUUCAAGAUUUCUUUCGACGAUCGUCACGUCAUCCCUCACAGCACGGUUAAUUUUGGACAACUUCGACUUGAUAUUUUCUUUAGGGUCAGGAGGAGGGGCACAAUGACGUGUCCGUUGACGAAUCCUCCCACGUGAAAUACCGCUUCAUCUGUCCAAAUGACUUGUGCAAAAGGUUUGACCAAUCUUUCAUCCGAGCGCGAACUCCUUAUGGCGGUCAGCCUUCCGGAUGUCCUCUUGGACAUGAUGCGGUCCACAAGUUCUCCUUUUCAAUUCUUCGAGACCGAAUUGUGCGAUGAGUCGGUCCAGUUUCAUAUGAAACUUGUAUGGACUUUUUUGGCCUUCGAAGGAAAGCUGCUUCCACCGUCACAAAAUUUUCAACUCUUCAUGUCAAUGGUCUUCCGCUGUUAUGAAUCGACCACCGAACCGGUUGUCAUGAACUUGUAAUGUUUUAUUGCCUUUCUCUACACACCAUCUUUGAACCUGUAUCGCUGACUUCUAAAUGUCAUACCUUUUGGCAAUUUUUGUUCUAUCCACAACUCCAAGUCUGUUCGCCAUCGCUUACCCGAAACAGGCAAAAAUAGGUGCAAUGUAUUAAAAUAUAUCUUUAAAAUGCCAUUAGAAUUGUAUUUUAUAUUUCCUACAACAUAAAUCGCUUAUAGGUA